AUGAUAGAUAUCGUUGCCGUAGGAGCAUCGACGGGUGGUAUGCUGAUAUGGGAUACUGCUAAUACAUGUGUAGAAAUGGAUGGUACUAGAUUAAACUGAAAUGCGCUCAAUCAGUCGUGGCAAGCACAUUCGGUAUUGUGUGGGCAGUUGCAGCAUAUCAGUAUACUGGUAAUGCAGGUCGUCCACAGGCUAACGGUCACGAUGCCAUUAGGAGAGACAUUCGAUUCUUCGAACAUGUUAAUCAAGUGUUGCCAGGUAUUAUAACCGAGGGGCCAGCUCAUGUUGACGCGCUUGCAGCACAGCAAGACGGGGAUAACGAUUAUAUCUUUGAAUUUAACACUGAGGGAUUAGAUGUGAUACACGUUGAAUUACUUAAGAAUGACAAACGUGAUGAAACUAUCGAGUACAGUAAUAAGACUCAACCAGCCGACUUUUAUCUAGCUAGGGCUGGUAAUAAUACGUACCACAUAGUACCUGACCCGUAUUACGAAGAGAAAGUGAAACGGGGUGGGGAUACACUGGAUAUAAUUUGUUAA